AUGGUGUCCAGGAAGGCCGUGGCAUUUCUACUGGUGGUGUCGGUAGCAGCCAUGAUGGCCGAAGGCUUCAUUCCAAUCUUCACCCACAGUGAUGUUCAGAGGAUGCAGGAGAGAGAGCGGAAUAAGGGGCAGAAGAAAUCUUUGACCGUGCAGCAGAGAUCGGAACAGGGAGGCCUCAGGACGUUGGCAGAGCCCAACGGGGAAGAAGAAGGUGAAAUCAUCCAGCUGGCUGCUCCUGUGGAAAUUGGACUGAGGAUGAAUUCCAGGCAGCUGGCAAAGUACCGGGGUAUCCUCGAGGAGCUGAUUAUGGAGGCGUUGCUGUCCACCCAGAACGGUACCGGUUGGGUCUGGCUCUCUCUGUCUCCCUGCCUGUCUCUGUGCUGCAGCUUCUCCCCAGGCCCCUCUUUGCUGCAGCCGAGGUUUCUGAGAGAUUAAUAUUUCAGGGCCGCCCUCCCGCCCAGUUCAGUCUGCUCCGCACGCCUCAGCUUAAGGGCAUCGGGCUACCUCUCCUCCGCCCGCCCUCCUUCCUCCCUCAGGGGAGUCGAACCCCGACCGGGGCCGGGGACGCUGUAGCUGAUGCUGAAUUGGCAAGUCAAGACGGAGCCUCUCUACUUC